AAAAACGUUGCAACAGCUGGUCGCUACAACACUCUGCUGUGGUAUGCUUUAAAAGUAGCUUGAAAUAAGUUUCUCAAGUUGGAAGUGAAUCUCGACAGUUCUGUCAGUUAUCCAGGACUUUAAAUAAGCUCUCUGCUCGUCUACACUUCUUCUCAACACAUUGAAUAUUGCACUGCAAGUCCCGGGGAGCAGCUUUCGUAAGCAUGCGUAACUAACUAGCCUGCAGUUGUGGCUCUAAGAACUAGACGCGAUAGGUCAAAAACUAUCAGUUUUUUUACACUCACGCUAUCAAUAUUGGAUAUUGGAAAUGUCAAAAAGAAAUAUAUCCAAAAUGAGUUAUCGUCAGGUGUGUGACAGGACAGCAGCACUUGCUGCACAACUUAUGGAAUUAUGUCUAAGUUCGAAAAUUACCCCGUGUAAUGCGAUUGAGUCGUUGGAAGCGUUCCAUUCUCUCACAUCUGAAAUCAUGGCUAUUCAAGAAGAGUAUUCAUUCGUAUCCAAGUUGGAGUCUCGGGGCUCUAGGAAGGCAUGUUUGGAGGUUACUCUUUCUUCAGUUGGAGGCUAUGCAUCUGACAUGUGUGCCGUCCACUGGUUCAAAGAAUUCGGGUUUGGACUUCGUGCCUUGGUUCCCAUUGAGGAAGGUGAUCAACUUAUCACUGUGCCCAGAAGAGCUGUUUGCUGCUUAGAAAAUUCAAGUAAAAAUUUAAGGGAAUUCAUAUCACAGGAUUCUCUGGCAUCGAACAUGGAAAACGUCGCAUUGUGCCUAUGUUUGUUGGGUGAGCUUUACGAAGGAGAUAAUUCACCGUGGCAGGAUUAUAUAAAGUCGUUGCCGUCUGAUUAUUCCAUAUUUCUUUAUAUGAGUGUUGCCGAUAUUCGACAUCUGAAGGGCUCACCGACCUUAGAAAAGGUUGCAACCAACUACCUAUUCAUCUGUCGUCAGUAUGCCUACUUCUGCUGUCAAUUCAUGAAAAACCCGAAAAUUGUGAACGUUCCGAACUUUGUUUUCUGUUUCAAGGAUUACAGAUGGGCUGUGUCGACAGUGAUGAGUAGGAGCAAUUACAUACCUCAUUCUAACGGAAGGGAUAAAAUCAUGUGUCUCAUCCCAGUCUGGGAUAUGAUAAAUCACAAAUUCGGCCAUGUUACGACACACUAUGAUCCUGAAAUGGACGAACUGGUUUUCAAUACAAUGGAGGCAUACGAACCAGGUGAUCAGAUAUUUAUGGAUUAUGGAAAACGUACAAAUGAAGAAUUUUUCCUUUUUUCUGGUUUUGUCCCCGAUUACAAUCCCCACAAUAAGUUGACGAUAACAUUAGGUCUUAGUUCUUCUGAUUCACUGGGAUUAUUGCGUCGACAACUGUUACAAACUUUAAGUUUAAACGUUCCGUUAAAGUGCGAUUUACGCAGUGACAAGAAAUCCAUGACAGAAUUCUUCAUAUUUUCACGCAUUUUUUCCAUGGAUGAAGGUGAACUUAAUAAUCAAUUGAUGGAGGCUAAUUCCGAUUGUCAAGCAGUAAAAUUAAAACUGAGUGAAUUCAAAUUUACGAAAGAAAAACGUUCUGAUUACAAAGCAUUCACCUUUAUGAUUAACCGGUUGAAAUUACUAAUUGCUGCUUAUGGAAGUGUUGUCCUUGAGGGUGACCCUGAAUGGACACAAUUGUCAUCGGUACAGCAGAAUUGUGAACGUCUCAAAUAUCAUGAAACUGCCAUUUUACGCUCAAGCAUUAGAUAUAUUCAAAGAAUAAUGGAUGACAGUGAUGAGAAUAACAUCUGUGGCUAUGAUGUAUUCAUCAGAACAAACACUAACAGCAACACUGAUAAUGUAUAACUCUUUUCUCCUUAUUUCAUUCUCUGUUGAGUCUUUCAUCGGAAAGUUAUCCAGGCUCAUGACAUAACAUAUUCACCCUCUCUAUUUCCCCUCCUAACGUUUUCGUUUACUACUUUUCUCUCGAAUGUUCUCCUUUGGUAAAAUGCUGAUCAGGAUUUUACCCGACGUUAACCAGAAGAACAAAAGUGAUAGUGCUUGCUAGCUGUUCACCGCUUGUUUAAUUUGAAACUAGUUAUAUGUAAUUAGGGUUUUUUGCGCUCUCGAAUCAUGACAAAGCCAUGUGGAGUCAUGUCAACUCUCCUUACAUACUUGUUUAUUUUUUCUUUUCACUAAAGCCACAUUUUACGCAAAACACAGCAUAUUUCCAUUUUCAUAUAUGAUUUCUUUUUAUAAUGCGAUGUAAGAAACUAUAUGUGGAGACUGAUUUGUCUUAUUUCACCACCGCAUUUCUAUCUACCUCGCUUUUCGCAUAUUCUUGUAAUUACCUCUCCAUAAUCGUAUAAUAGAUGCUUCUUCUGCAUUUAUUUGUCUCCACACAUGUCCAAUAACAACGAAACAGAAUGUUUUUGCUACCUUUCAUUCGUUGCUGUGUAUACAUAUAAGAGCUUUAUUAGAAAAAAUAUCAUUGUAAUAAAUAAAAAUUCUACUUAUAUA